CGUUUGUCGAGGCGCUCGUGCCAAAAAAAAGUUUCUUCUCUUACUGGAAGCGCAGGCCGAGCCACAGGUUGCUCCGCGCCAUCGCCCUUCUCUCCCUCACCAGUUUCCAGCCGCGAGCGAACCCGACGCAAGUGAGGUGCGAGGGAGAGUGAAGAGGGGAUUAGCACCAUGGGCGCCAGGCUGCUGUUACUCUCCUUCGAUUACCCGGCCGUCGCUGGCGGGGGGCGGUCUCGUCUGUCUGCGGUACCACGGAUGUCUUCCGGUGCCCCACGCGUGCGGUCCCCAGCCUCAUCCAUCCGCGCGUCCGCGGCCACCGCCGCUAGAGGCAACCUGCCGCACCACACCUCCGUGGUUGUGGAAGCCGGUGGAGCUUACACUGUUGGUGACUUUAUGACUAAAAGGGAACACCUCCAUGUUGUGAAACCAUCCACUUCAGUAGAUGAAGCUCUUGAGAGGCUGGUGGAGCAUCGGAUAACUGGCUUUCCUGUUACCGAUGAUCACUGGAACUUGGUUGGUGUUGUGUCAGAUUAUGAUCUGUUAGCACUGGACUCGAUAUCAGGAAAUGGACAGGCUGAACCUGACAUAUUUCCUGAGGUGGACAGCACUUGGAAGACAUUCCGUGAGAUACAAAAGCUCUUAAGCAAAACCAAUGGGAAAGUAGUUAGUGAUGUUAUGACUUCUGCACCUCUUGUGGUGCGUGAAACUACUAACCUUGAAGAUGCUGCAAGGUUACUUCUUGUUACUAAAUACCGCAGGCUGCCAGUAGUAGAUGGUUUGGGCAAAUUGGUUGGAAUCAUCACAAGAGGGAACGUUGUCAGAGCUGCUCUUGAAUUUAAGAAAAAUGUUGAAGGGAGUCUUUGAAGUGGAUACUGUAGAUGAUCCUUUCCGGAGGUGGAGCCAAGCAUACUGAAGCAACUUUUUUUUUUGGGCUGAAGCAACCGUUGCAGCAAUUAGCAAACUUAUCCAUGUUUACACAGCAUGCUAGUUUAAUUGCAGUUGGGAUACAUGUACUAUGUAGUCCCGUCAGGCUGCGGCGGGCGUAACAAGCUAUUCUGCAAUCCGUUGCUGAAUAUAUUUCGUACGUUGCAUUGAACACUCUUAACUGCAUCCCGCAAAACGCAAUCGGUUGCAGAAUAUAUUUUGCACAUUGCAUUGAA